UGUCAAAUGACGUUUAAAUGUCUGCCUUUAUCUUCAAUUAAGUCAAAAAAUAUUUACAUUAUUAAUUUGCUUUUUAUUUUGACUUACCCCAAAGAGAAUCUAGAAAUCAGUGAAACUUACGAAACAUUGGGGUGCAGUUUUUAAUUUUAACAGAUUGUGUUUUUUAAAUUGAUAAUAUUGAUAAGAGUUAAACAAUUACCUACUACAUAAUAAUAGAUGUACAUACAUCGAGAAUAAUAUUAAAUAUAUACCUAUUUUAUUCAAUAACGUGUUGAUUUUGUGGCGCUAUGAAUAAAUACGCAGUGCUAUUUAAUUUAAAAAAAAUAUUAGAAUAUCGACCGGUUACCACAAUUAUAAACGCAGAAGGAAAAAAUGUACCUAAAAGAAAAAACUUCGAAAACAGAAUUACCUUAAUUGGUACAGACAAUUCAGUUAGUAUAAUAGAUUUAAAAAAUGCCCAAAAUCUAUCGGUAAAACGUGAAUUAAAACUUGUAAAAGUUCAAGAUGUAGAUGUAAAAACUAGACGGCCAAUUUACAAGCUGAUGACUAAUGCAGAAUUUCACGAGGAAGAACUUGAAAGACGGAAAGAAAAAAAACUCGCUCGGCAGAACAGUUCAGUUAAAGGCCAGAAAUUGAUGAUUUUGUCAUCAAAAAUAUCUGAACACGAUCUAAUGACCAGUGUGAGAAAAAUGGGAAAAUUAGUAGAGAAACAGUAUGAAGUUAAAGUAGUUUUAGCAGGUGAAGGAGGACAAUCCUCACAAGUAUUGGAAAAUAUAUACUCAGUAAUAGAGAAAAACACCAAAUCAACAGCAAGAUUACUACAAAAGAGAAAUAAAGGUAAUAGUUUAAAGUUUCAAUUGCUUCCAUUGAACAAUGGUAACAUGGAAGCAUCUCAGUCAGAUAAUUCAGAAGAUGGAAAUGACAAAGGUCCGCUAUGACUAGCGAUGUUGAUAUUAUUUAUAAUAAUAGCAAAGUAUUUUUUACUUAAGGAAUACUUAAAAAAGCAGAAAAAUGAGCUCGUCACUGAAGUUACUGCAAAUAAGUCUGAAGAAACUAGUACCUUGUCGGAAUACAAAUGUGCAAAUUGAAAUGAGAAGGAAAUGAACACCUGAAAGAGUAUUUGUAUUUUUACUUUAUAAAAUAAAUAAAAAUACAUUAAUCUGUAAAAUUAAAUAAUAUUUUAUAUUAAGUAUUUUUAACAUUUAUUUGGAUGAUUUGGAUGAGGCAUUUUACACAAUAUAAUAUAAAUGUUCAUAUCAUCUUAGUUCCGAUAAUUUAAACUGUUUCUAAUAAAUUAUAAUUCAUUUAUGAGUUCAAAAUUUGUAAGUGGAUUAUUUGUUGAGUUUACAAAAAACGUUUCAAAUUUUUAA